AUGUCGGAAAAAACGUUACAGCAGUUGUCGUCGGCGGAGCUACGUAGCGAGUGCACGGCCCGCGGCCUCAGCGCAUCCGGGACGAAGUCGGAUGUGUACGUCCGGCUAGAGGAGCACCUUAGGGCAAGCGGACUAGUCCCCGAGAAUGUGAAGUUCGUAACAGUGCAGCCUGGAACCGUAGGAUUCCAGGGCAGUACUGAACAACAACAACACAUGACAUCAACGCUGGAAAACACGAACGCCAGCCAGAUUUUGGGGACAACCGCCUGGGGGAAUUUUGACAAGCCCAACAGCAAGUCAAAAACCCACAGACAACAGGCCAGAAAUCGGCGGCUUCCAGUCGACCUUGCAGCAGGGCCAGUCCGCACAACCUUUAACAACCGACAUUUUCGAAACCGCGGCGAAACAACUACAUCAGUUAAAAUCAAUGUUGCCACAAACGAACGACUCAACAUCGUUCGAGGCACGUUUAGGCGCGUUGGAAGCGAGCAUGACGCGGUUCUUCACAGAAUCGCGCCAGGCAACCACCCAACCGCCAAACAGUGUAGCAACCCCGCGGUUAGAUAA